GGCUUGAACAUGAGUUCUAAGGCUAAAGCCCCCAAGUCAUCAGUAACGGACAAGCUCGGCCUUUUCACAUAGAAGGUUCAUCGCUGGAGCAGCAUGUGGCCAUUUAGUUUCCGGCCCUUCUUGUAUCGUUUGAGACAUUGCACCAGGAAAUUAAGUUAUGCUUUUGCUACAGUCCCAGAGUGUGAACUGAGGGGAUGUGGCAGGCUUGAGCACAUAAACCUCCGGCCCUCCACUCAAUUCUUCACCAACAUCGUUCUCAUCCGGCAGCUGUCGACAUCACUGAUAUCUCAUUUAUUCAAUUUCCUCGAUUGGUACUGCUGUACAAACCAGUCACGUGUGGAAUUGGAACGAGUCUGCGACGCCUAGAUCAAUGUAUGCAAGACAAACCCUUCUUGACCGCAUACCCAGCGAUUAGGUCUUCUCCUACGGUCCCCUCGAUCUGGAUCACUGAACGCAGAAACAGCAGCCAUCAAGAGCUAUCCGCCGUAUUGUCAACACCCCCAACGGCGCACGACGCAAGCCAGCCAUCAAGUCUACCAACUCCACAGAAGCCCAACAUGUUCGACCGCAUCAGGCGCGCGAUAAUAUGUCUCACGACCUCCGAUGACGCGGAGAAACGAAACAAGCUGGACGAAGUCAAUUUACGGCGAGUAAUGAUAGAAGCAGAAGCAUUCGAGAGGCGAGCCAUUCGCGACGACAUGAGAGCAAGGCUGGAACUUCUGCACGAAUGGAUUCGGGAAUAUGACAACAUUGAGAAGUACCUCAAAGACCAUCGCCGGAAGCAGAAGGAAGAACGGAAAAGGGCUGCGAAGGCCCAAGCUGCUCAAGAAAAGAAUUCUUCUGAGUCUUUCCCGUAUGUACUGUUUAAUAUGGUGCCCGCGAAUCAGCGUCGUCUCGUUGGCGGCCAAGCAAGCAUCGAUCCCGGGAAUUAAAUCAUGACUCAGAGGGAGAAGGAGGCCUUGCUACUGACUCUGGCACCCUUAUUCAAAGGUUCAUGAGUAGAAGGGGGCGUUUGGACAAACUGGUGGCUUGAUUACGAGACUGAACCUUAAAGGUUUCGAGUUGUCAUUCAUAUAGCGGCACUCGGCCUCUCUGAAAUGAAACUUUAUGUGAUAGGGCCUUGGCGUUGAGUUAGGCUUUCGGCGUCCGGCUCUAUAGGGUUCGCAAAAGAAACGUGGCCGUUAUCAACACAAUAGUACUUCAUGCCCAUUCUCUUGUAUUCUUACCUUCCUUGCUAAAUUCCAACUUGGGAUGUAAAAAUUCUGGCAUAUGGUUCCCUGACUAGACUCUGUUGCUUUGCUUAUACACACUCUUUAAACUCCCUCGAUUUUCUUUUUACCCCAGCGCAUCUUGACACUCUGACCUCAA